AAAGCAACGGUGAUUGAUCAUUUAAUGGUUUUGAAAAAAAACGGGCAGUCUAUGAUCCUCCGUUUAAAGGCGUUACAAAAGAUUUGCGAAAAAGAAAAAAAGAGGGUUCUAGGUUUGCAACUUAUUCGAGUGGUGUGAGAUAAAAAGCAUAAAAAAAAAAAAAACUUAAAAAAGUGGAAUUUUUUUAUCACUCUUUAGGCCUUUCCCUUUCUCUUCUGUAUUUCUGUUUGAAGCGGAGAAGAAGAAUCCAAUAUCAAAUAAUGGGAGGAAGUGGUUCAGUAAAAGAUGUGAAGUCGAAGGGUGAGCUUGAUGGCCUGCGGCAGAGUGGCGAGCCGGUUAUCCUUCACUUCUGGGCUUCCUGGUGUGAGGCUUCCAAGCACAUGGACCAUGUCUUUUCCCAUCUCUCCACCGAUUUCCCCAAUUCCCACUUCCUUAGGGUAGAAGCUGAAGAACUAUCUGAGAUAUCUGAGGAAUACUCUGUUUCUGCUGUGCCUUAUUUUGUCUUCUUAAAGGAUGGUAAGGUUGUUGAUAAAUUGGAGGGUGCAGAUCCAUCCAGUCUGGCCAACAAAGUUGCUAAGGUUGCUGGGUCAAUUAAUACUGGAGAAGCUGCAGCUCCUGCUAGUCUUGGGAUGGCUGCCGGACCCACUAUCCUUGAGACAGUCCAAGAAUUGGCAAGGGAAAAUGGGUCAUCCCAGAUGGGAACUCAAGUGGAACUUGGCCUCAGUGACACACUUAAAAAGCGACUGCAGCAGCUGAUUAACUCGCAUCCGGUAAUGCUAUUUAUGAAAGGAAGCCCUGAGGAACCCAAGUGUGGUUUUAGCAGAAAAGUUGUUGAUGUUUUGAAGGAUGAAAGGGUCAAAUUUGGAACUUUCGAUAUUCUAUCAGACAAUGAAGUUCGUGAGGGUUUAAAGAAGUUCUCUAACUGGCCAACAUUUCCUCAACUCUAUUGCAAAGGAGAACUUCUUGGUGGGUGUGACAUAGCAAUUGCCAUGCAUGAGAGUGGUGAACUGAAGGAAGUUUUCAGAGAUCAUGGAGUUGAUAUUAUGGGGACUGAACAGGGAGUUGGUGGCAUCUCAGAACCCACUGGAUUGAGUACAAACCUAGAUUCUCGGCUGCGAAGCUUGAUUCAUUCAAGCCCGGUUAUGCUGUUUAUGAAGGGAAAGCCUGAAGAGCCCAAGUGUGGUUUCAGCCACAAGGUAGUUGAAAUCCUUAAACAAGUGAAGGUUGAUUUUGAGAGUUUUGAUAUACUAUCAGAUGAUGAAGUUCGUCAAGGCCUGAAAGUUUUUUCAAAUUGGUCUAGUUACCCCCAAUUGUAUAUUAAAGGCGAACUUAUUGGUGGAUCAGACAUUUUGUUAGAGAUGCAGAAAAGUGGGGAACUUGAAAGGGUUUUAGUUGAGAAAGGCAUCAUUAAGAGAGAGACUCUAGAGGACCGUCUGAGAAGUUUGAUUUCAUCUUCACCUGUGAUGCUCUUCAUGAAGGGUAACCCCGAUGCUCCGAGAUGUGGUUUCAGCUCUAAAGUUGUCAACGCCCUAAGAGAGGAAGGUGUGAGUUUUGGGUCGUUUGACAUUUUAACUGAUGAUGAAGUGAGACAGGGAUUGAAAAUCUUCUCAAACUGGCCGACCUUUCCUCAACUCUAUUACAAAGGUGAGCUUAUUGGAGGUUGUGAUAUUGUGCUGGAGCUGCGCAACAAUGGUGAGCUGAAAGCUACACUGUCUGAGUAGGGUUCAAUUUGUUUUGGGACAAAACCUUGGCUUUAAUUUCAGAUUUUUCAGUCAUCCAAGUUGAACGUGUGUCAAUUGACAAUACUUCAAAACGUUUUCUUCUGGCUUUAGUUUUUCACCAAACUCCCACUAAUGUUUUUGAGUUAUGAUUACGUGGUACUUUGUAUCUUUGAGCCUUGGUAACUUGAUAAAUUCAAGAAUCUGUUAUUGGUACCGAAGCCCUAAAGGUUAAACCUAUCCUAUGCCUUGUGUUUUGGCAUAUUUUCAUAGAUAAAAAUGAGAAAAUUUCCGUCAACUUUAUAGAUUAUUUUUA